CUUAUUCUUCAACGCAAAUCAUCUGAUUCUUACCACUAAUUAGGAAUUACAUUCUUUGCAGGAUUUAGCUAAGCUAUGUCAUCCUCUUCUGCAUUAAUCUUGUUCAGCUCAUUGCUAAUUUUCUCAUUAAUUUAUUCUCAUGGAAAUGCACUUAGUUCAAAUUACUAUGAGAGCACAUGCCCUCAAGUUGAAGAUAUUGUCACACAAGUUGUCACUGCAGCAUCAAAGAAGGACAAAACUGUCCCUGCUGCCCUUCUAAGGAUGCACUUCCAUGAUUGUUUCAUAAGGGGGUGCGACGCUUCAGUGUUACUGAACUCCAAGAAAAACACUGCAGAAAAAGAUGGCCCUCCUAAUGUUUCUUUGCAUGCUUUCUAUGUUAUUGAUAGUGCAAAGAAAGUCAUUGAAGCCCUUUGCCCUGGCAUAGUCUCCUGUGCUGAUAUCUUAGCCUUUGCUGCCAGAGAUUCUGUUGUCAUUUCUGGUGGACCUUUCUGGGACGUGCCUAAAGGAAGAAAAGAUGGAAGAACAUCACAAGCCAGUGAAACUAGACAAUUGCCAGCUCCCACUUUCAACAUAUCCCAACUUCAACAGAGCUUCUCUCAAAGAGGAUUAUCACUGGAAGACCUUGUUGCUCUCUCAGGUGGACACACAUUAGGUUUCUCUCAUUGUUCAUCUUUCACCAACAGGAUACACAACUUCAAUACCACCCAUGAUGUUGACCCAACAUUACAUCCAUCUGUGGCUGCAACUUUAAAGGGCAUUUGUCCACUGAAAAACAGGGCUAAAAAUGCUGGAAUUCCCAUGGAUCCUUCCUCAACGACAUUCGACAAUACAUAUUACAAGUUAAUUCUUCAGCAAAAGAGCCUGUUCUCUUCAGACCAAGCUUUGCUCAGUAUUCCUAAGACAAAAAGUCUGGUUUCUGAAUUUGCUAGCUCAAAAGAAGCUUUCUUUAAGGCCUUUGCUAAUUCCAUGAUUAAAAUGAGCAGCAUAAAUGGAGGUCAAGGGGUCAGAAGGGACUGUAGGGUAGCUAAUUAAUUACUAUGAAUCCUGCCAAAUUAAUGAUAAUCCAGAGUGCAGUGGUCUUUAUUUGUUUCCUUAUAUUUUUCAGAUUUCUUUAGUACUUAUGCAGGGCACCUUUUAAUGUGUUAUAGGAUUUUGAGGUGCAGAACUUUUGUCAAAUCUUAUUAUCAAUGUAUCAGUUUGUAUUUGUAAGUUACUACAAUAAAUAAAUCAUACAACCCUUUUUGAUGCAA